AAGGGCCACACCGUCGACGGCCUCACCACGGCCGAGGCCAAGGCCCGUCUCGAAACCGCCGGCCGCAACGAGUUCGGCGAGCAGGAGGGCGUCCAGCCCAUCAAGAUCCUCAUCGGCCAGAUUGCCAAUGCCUUGACUCUAGUGAGAUGUCCACCAUUCCAGGCCCCUCCGAGGACCACGGCGGUUUGCGCUGUUGCCCUUGGAGGUGGACCUCGUUGAGAAAAUAGUCUGAUUUGCCGGUAUGUAGGUGCUCAUCCUCGCCAUGGCUGCUUCCUUUGGUAUCCAGUCCUGGAUCGAGGGCGGCGUAGUGGCCGCGGUCAUCGUCCUCAACAUCGUCGUGGGCUUCUUCCAGGAGUUCCAAGCUGCCAAGACCAUGGACUCGCUGCGUUCGCUGAGCUCCCCGACUGCUCACGCUGUCCGCGAUGGCAACAACGAGGUUGUCGUGACCGCUGAGAUUGUCCCCGGCGACCUGGUUGAGCUCAAGACUGGCGACACCAUCCCCGCCGAUAUCCGCCUGAUUGAAGCCGUCAACUUCGAGACCAACGAGGCUCUCCUCACCGGCGAGUCCCUCCCCGUCCGCAAGGAGACUGGCGCCAUCUUCCCCGACGACACCGGCCCCGGUGACCGCCUCAACGUCUGCUACAGCUCGUCGACUGUCACCAAGGGCCGCGCUCGCGGCAUCGUCUUUGCUACUGGUGUCUACACCGAGAUUGGCCAGAUUGCUGUCGCUCUCCGCGGCAAGUCGUCUCGCCGCCGUGAGCCCAAGCGUCGCGAGGAUGGAACCGCCUCGACUGGACGCUGGAUGCAGGCGUGGACCUUGACCUGUUCCGAUGCCGUCGGUCGUUUCCUCGGUGUCAACGUCGGUACUCCUCUGCAGCGCAAGCUGUCCAAGCUCGCCAUUCUGCUUCUCGGAACUGCCAUUGUGUGUGCCAUCAUCGUCCUGGGUGCCAACGAGUUCAGCUCGAAGCGUGAGGUCAUCAUCUACGCCGUCGCCACCGGCCUGUCCAUGAUUCCCGCUUCGCUUAUUGUCGUCCUCACCAUCACCAUGGCUGCUGGUACCAAGCGCAUGGUCCAGCGCAACGUCAUCGUCCGCAACCUCAAGAGUCUCGAGGCUCUUGGUGGUGUUACCAACAUUUGCUCUGACAAGACCGGUACUCUCACCCAGGGCACCAUGAUUGUCAAGAAGGCUUGGAUCCCUGGCCGCGGCACAUACUCUGUCGGCUCUACCAGCGAACCCUUCAACCCCACCGUUGGCGUUGUCGGUCUCCAGGAGGCUCAGCCGAAGGACAUCAACUUCCAGGGCAGCGACGCCGAAGGCACCGAGAUCAACGCUGAGCAGCUCGUCGGCCAGGAUGCCACUCUCCAGCAAUACCUCAACAUUGCUUCCCUUGCCAACCUCGCCACCGUCCACCAGGUCGAAGGUGAAUGGCACGGCCGCGGUGACCCUACCGAGAUUGCUAUCCAGGUCUUUGCCUCUCGAUUCAACUGGAACCGCCUUCGUCUCUCAACCGGAGACCAGAAGCAGUGGCACGAGGUCGCCGAAUUCCCCUUCGACUCUGACGUCAAGAAGAUGUCUGUUAUUUUCGAGAACGCCGAGUCCAAGAAGCAAUGGGUCUUUACCAAGGGCGCCGUCGAGCGCGUCAUUUCUUCCUGCCCCCAGUAUGCCGUCGGCGAUGAGAUCAAGAAGCUCACACCUGACGUCGAGCAAGACAUCCUCCGCAACAUGGAGGCCCUCGCACGCCUUGGACUCCGCGUGCUCGCCCUAGCCAGCCGAACUGAUAUCCGCCACGUCAUCGACAACGAAGCUGAGCUGGAUCGAGGUUACUUUGAGAACGACCUGGUCUUCCGCGGUCUCGUCGGCCUCUACGAUCCUCCUCGUCCCGAGUCUGCGCCCUCUGUCCGUCGUUGCCACGAAGCCGGUGUCAGCGUCCACAUGCUCACCGGCGACCACCCCGAGACUGCCCGUGCUAUUGCCAUUGAAGUCGGUAUCCUGCCUACCAAGAUGUCCCAGAUCCCUCACGACAUCGCCAAGACCAUUGUCAUGGCUGCGUCCGACUUUGACAAGUUGAGCGAUGACGAGAUCGACCAGCUCCCUCUUCUGCCUCUCGUCGUCGCCCGUUGCGCUCCUCAGACCAAGGUCCGCAUGAUCAACGCCCUCCAUCGCCGCAAGUGUUUCGUUGCCAUGACUGGCGACGGUGUCAACGACUCUCCCAGUCUAAAGCAAUCCGAUGUUGGCAUCGCCAUGGGCCUUGCCGGUUCCGAUGUCGCCAAGGAAGCUUCUGACAUUGUCCUGACUGACGACAACUUUGCUUCCAUUCUCAACGCUGUCGAGGAGGGCCGACGCAUGUUUGACAACAUCCAGAAGUUCAUCCUGCACGUCUUGGCCGAGAACAUUGCUCAAGCCUUCACUCUGCUUAUCGGUCUUGCCUUCAAGGACAAAAACGGUCUGUCUGUGUUCCCUCUAGCCCCCGUCCAGAUUCUCUGGAUCAUCAUGAUCACCUCCGGCAUGCCUGAUAUGGGCCUCGGGUUUGAGAUUGCCGCUCCCGAUAUCAUGCAGCGACCUCCCCAGAACUUGAAGCAAGGUGUCUUUACUCCAGAGCUGCUCGUCGACAUGGUUGUGUAUGGUCUCUGGAUGUCCGCCCUUUGCCUGGCCUCGUUCGUCCUCGUUUUGUACGGAUUCGGUAACGGCAAGGACGACAUUGGUGAGAACUGCAACAACGAUUACAGCGACGAGUGCGAAGUCAUCUUCCGUGCUCGUGCCACCACCUUUGCUUGCUUGACCUGGUUCGCCCUGUUCCUUGCCUGGGAGAUGGUCAACAUGCGCCGCUCUUUGUUCCGCAUGCAGCCCAAGAGCAAGAAGUACUUUACUCAGUGGAUGCACGAUGUCUGGCGCAACCAGUUCCUCUUCUGGGCCAUCGUGGCUGGCUUCGUCACCAUGUUCCCGUUGAUCUAUAUCCCCACCCUCAACACCGUCGUCUUUAAGCACGCCCCCAUCUCUUGGGAGUGGGGUAUUGUGUUUGUCGAGGCCGUCAUUUUCUUCCUGGGUAUCGAGGCCUGGAAGUGGAUGAAGCGCUUCUACUUCCGUCGCCAGGCUCGCAAGACGACCGGCGGCGAGACAGAUCUCGAGACGCGCGUCUUUGGACACUACUACACAAUGUCCAGCAGCAGCCAGGACGAGGAUGUCGGUGGAGAAAAGAGAGCUACCUAAAAGGUGGACUAAAAAAACAUGUGCUCCAGGUAUACUGGAAAGCAAUGCGAACUGGG